AUGGGGAUUUGUUGUUCGUAAUAGCCAGGAGGAACGAUAUAGAAUGUAGAAUUUAGAUAGUUUGAACCUGAAUAAGUUCCAACAUUAGUUCCAUAAUAAAUAAAUUUUGAAGAACAUGAAGAAGAGAUUAUAAUAAUCCAAAAAUCAAUAAGAAAGAAAAAAGCAAAAUAAGUAGCUGCUUAGAUGAAAGAAUAAGCUGAGAAAGAAAAACCAGGGGAUUUAUGGAUAUAAAGUAAAGAGCCAAAGUCUUUUGAAUAGAAUGUUCAGAUAACAUAUAAUAAAUUGGGUAAAUUUAAGUUUGAGAAGAAGUUGCCUUAAGAAUUUAAUGAAUGUAGAUUUUUUAUAGCACAUGUAUAAAAUAAAUAAAUUAGUUUAGGAACAUAGAAAAAAUUAAGGAAAUAUUUAUGUAGGUUAGUGGUUAUAAAGAUUGAGACAUGGAAGAGGAAAGUAAUAUUUUGCAGAUGGAUCAUUUUAUGAAGGUUAUUGGAAAUUUGAUUAAGCAAAUGGAAGAGGAAGAAUGAUUCAUUCUAAUGGUAAUGCAUAUGAGGGUGAAUGGAAAAAUAAUUCUGCAAAUGGUUAUGGGAUAUUUUAUGAAUUUGAUGGUUCAUAAUAUAAUGGAGAAUGGUUGCAAGAUUAAAAGGUUAUAAUAAAUAUUAAGAGUAGCAUGGAUAAGGAAAAGAGGUUUUGAAUGAUGGAAGUGAAUUUGAAGGGAUAUUCAGAGAAGGAAAAAAACAGGGAAAAGGUUUGGCAAAAUUCUCGAAUGGAGAUAUUUAUAAUGGAUAAUUUGAGAAUGAUCAAAUAACAGGUUUUGGUGAAUUAGUAUUUACUGAUGGAAGAAGAUAUAUAGGAUAUUUUAAGGAUGGGAAAAUGCAUGGUAAAGGACAUUUUAUGUGGCCAGAUGGAAGAGAAUAUGAAGGUUAAUAUUAUAAUGAUCUAAAACAUGGAGACGGAGAAUUUAAAUGGGCAGAUGGAUCUAAAUAUAUUGGAUAAUUUAGAGAAGGAAAAUAACAUGGCAAAGGUAUUUUUAUGGAUAAAAAUGGAUAAUAAUCUGAAAGUUAGUGGAGUGAAGGUAAAGAAAAAAGAUUAAAAAGUGAAUUGUGAUUUAGGG